AUGCUUAGUUCGCUUGAAGAAAAUGAUAACACGCCAAACUUAUCUAGUGAUCAAGCAAAUGUUGAGAGUACAGUAGAGUCGGAAAGCGGUUUUUCAGGAUCAUUUACUGUUACUACUACUAAAAAUAAUAAAGAAAAAGAGGAAGUUCUCAAGAAAGUAACAGAAAAUGAGAACGAAGACAGUACAAUAAACUCGAAUGAUGUCCUCUUACAAUUGGUGUCAAUGGGUUUUGAGCAGUCUAUUGCUGAAACUGCUAUAAAUGAGAAUAAGGGUCUCGGAUUUGAGUCUAUUUUACAAUGGCUAUUGGAUCAAAAAAUCAAUAAUAAUAAAAAUGUAGAAGAAACUUUUGAAAAAGAAAACAAUAAUUCAUCUGCUGUACCUUUGACUGAUGAUGAUCAUGACGAGUCUCAAAAUAUCGAAAAACCAGCAAGAUCAAAGCCUAUACCCUACCGACGUCCAAUUUCUACCGCAAAUGCUAAACCUCCACAAAAAGGCAUACUAAAACCUGCACCUCAGCCCAGCACGCGUUCAACUUGGAGACGUGAUUGGUUUGCUGCUUUUCAAAAUGUCGUUAACGUUACAGCUACAACUACUUCGACCGCUUCAUCAUCCACUGCCGCUUCUUUUUUUUCAAAUACAUUGAAACGAGAACAGGUUUCGCAAUUAAAUAAUGAAAAUUUAUCGUCAUCCCCAAAUAACAACAAUCUUCUCACCCCUAAAACUCUUAAACGGGUUCGAUUUUCUGUAAAUAAAUUAACAAAUGAACAUCCACAUUCACCAAUCCCCGGUGAUAGUGAUAAUAGUGAUUGGGAAGAAGAAUACGAUUUCCAUGAAUGGAGUAAUAUCCAAAAUCCUAUAAAUCAGCAAUUGCAACCAAAAUCGGAUCAGAAAACAUCUUAUUCGGCUAAAGAUAUAAUGCAAUUUUAUCUUUCUGCCUGUAAAAUUCGAGAAGAAUUUCCUGUCGAUCGACUUGUGGAUAUCCUUAGGAAAGCAAAUCAGCAAGGAGGAUCUUUGAAAGUUAUUGAUUUGACAGGUGAUAUUAUUGAUCGCAACAUUGCUGAACCUAUAGCAGAUGUUCUUACACUUGAAUUUGGCUUGGAAAAAUUAAUAUUAGAGAGUUUACUUGUGAAUGAUAAAUUGGCAUAUCUCAAUUUGGCCAAUAAUAGAAGAAUAAGAUCCAAUGGUUUUAAUUAUAUAGCAAUUUAUAUUAAAAAGUCUACAACUUUGACAUAUCUUGAUCUUUCUGGAACAAAUAUUGACAAAAAAUCUGCUACUUUUUUAGCACAAGCUUUAACACAAGGAAAUAGUAAAUCUGGUGCUAUACUAAAAACACUCAAGUUAGAUAAUUGUGCACUAAAGAACAAUGUUUUGGAAGUUUUGGGUCCCGGAAUUCGAAGAUCAAAUUUACAUUAUCUGUCACUUAAAUUUAAUAAUAUCAAUCAUGUUGGUGCUGUAUGGAUUGGUGUUAUGUUACGCGAUUACGAUGACUUUAAUUGGACUCCCAAUAAUCCAUCAAUUUCAGUUUCUACUAUGCCAGCAUUCAACGAACAAGAAGAGGCUAAAGCCGAAAGAUCAAGAAAUAGAAGACAGGGUUUGGAAGUAUUAGAUGUUAGUGGUAAUGAUUUAAAGGGUGGCAUACAAUAUAUAGCCCAGGCUUUAAGAAGAAAUCGAAGUUUAAAAGAACUAUAUUUACUAGAUAAUCGAAUUGAUUCAAAAGGCUUAUUAAAUUUGGCCGAUGGUUUUAAAUAUAAUUAUACAUUGGAAUUACUCGAUAUAAGCAGGAACAAUGUUGGAGGUUUUUCAGCAGAAGGGAUAAUAUCGCUUCGAAAUUCUUUAUCAGUAAAUGAUUCUCUUAAAAAAUUGAUCCUAUCAGAUGUAAAUUUAAUGACAGAAGGUGCAAUUGCUCUUGCAGAAUAUCUUCCAGAAACCAGGACUUUAACUCAUUUAGACCUUACAUCUAACCCAGGAAUUGAUAUUGCAGGACUUAUGGCAUUAGCGGUUUCAAUAAAGAUGAAUCAUAGUGUUCGUGUUUUAGAUGUCAAUGUUCAACCUAAUGAUGCAGAAAUGUCAAGACUUUCUCGAGACAUUCUUCGUGCAUGUGUUAGAAAUACUGAAUUGGCACAGAAGGGUGAUACAGAAAAUGGAGACUUUAAUUAUUUAUUACCGGACUUUGAAACAAAGUCUUUUUCUGGAUUGUCAAAUUCGUUUGAUGAAGCUGAAUCUUCAGAGACGGGAUUAGGAAUUUAUUUGGAUGAUUUAAAAAAAGAUAUUAAAAUUGCUGAAGAAAGUCUAAGCCUUUUAAAAGAAAUGAUGCAAUUAUAUGAUGAAUGUAAAAAUCUUCAAACAAAAAUAACACCAUAUCUUUCAUCUGUUAUUGAAAAGAAUUUACUUGAGAAACUUUUGAUUUUAAAUGAUAACUUAUCAACAACUUUACAAAAAUAUGAUGAAAUGUAUAACAAACACAAAGGAAAAUCUAUUACUGUUACUUUGUCAAAAGAACCCAAAGUUCCAGAGGCUCCAUCGGAUUCCAAUACAUCUUCCAAUGAUCAAGUUGAAUCUGCUGAUAGCAAUAAUUCCUCUACAAUUAGUCACACAAUACCCAUUUCUACGCCCAUUUCUCAAACAACUUUAUUACCAAAAACAACUUCUUCAACAGAGCCUUUUUCAAUUAUUGACUCAGAAGAUGAUGAAUGA